AGAGGCAGAUUCAGGAAGCCAUUACGCAGCUGGCUGGCAGCGACCGGGCCAGUCGAGGCUGGGCCCUACGCACUUUGCGUAGCAAGGGGGGUUACCUAAGGCCUGGUGCUUGGCUUUGAGCAAGCCCGGCCUAUCCCCUGUAGGGGGGUGGGUGAGGGUCGAGGCUAGGGAAGAAGAGAAGGGAAAUUGGGGUGGUUGGGAGGAUUAUAAUUUAUUUAAUAAUAGGAGAGAAGAGAAGCGAUGGCUGUCCCAGCCAAAAAGAGGAAGAUGAACUUCUCAGAGCGGGAGGUGGAGAUCAUCGUGGAGGAGCUGGAGCUUAAGAAGCACCUGCUGGUGAACCACUUCAACGCCGGGGUCCCUCUAGCCGCCAAGAGUGCGGCGUGGCACAGCAUCCUGCGAAGGGUCAACGCCGUGGCCACGUGCCGCAGGGAACUGCCCGAAGUCAAGAAGAAGUGGUCUGACCUCAAGACUGAGGUUCGUCGCAAGGUUGCCCAAGUCCGUGCUGCUGUGGAGGGUGGUGAGGCCCCAGGCUCCACAGAGGAGGAUGGAGCUUCUGGGGCUGGGACAGGUGGUAGCAGUGGCGGAGGUGGUCCAGCGGUAGCCCCCGUCCUGCUGACCCCCAUGCAACAACGCAUCUGCAACCUGCUGGGUGAGGCCACCAUCAUCAGUCUGCCCAGUACCACAGAGAUCCACCCUGUGGCCCUUGGACCCGCGGCCACUGCAGCCGCAGCCACGGUCACCCUGACACAGAUCCCCACAGAGACCACCUACCACACGCUGGAGGAGGGUGUGGUUGAGUACUGCACGGCCGAGGCCCCGCCACCUCUGCCAGCUGAAGCCCCCGUGGAAAUGAUGGCCCAACACAGCGACACAUCCGUCAAACCACAGGCACUCAAGAGUCGCAUCGCCCUCAACUCAGCCAAACUGAUCCAGGAGCAGCGGGUCACCAACCUGCACGUGAAGGAGAUUGCCCAGCACCUGGAGCAGCAGAACGACCUGCUGCAGAUGAUCCGCCGCUCACAGGAGGUGCAGGCCUGUGCCCAGGAGCGCCAGGCCCAGGCCAUGGAGGGCACCCAGGCAGCCCUGAGUGUGCUUAUCCAGGUCCUCCGACCCAUGAUCAAAGAUUUCCGCCGCUACCUGCAGAGCAACACUCCCGCUCCGACCCCUGCCUCUGACCCUGGACAGGUGGCCCAGAAUGGGCAGUCUGACAGCGUCAUCCAAUGAGGACAGGGUCCCUGCCUUCUGCUGUGAUUGGAUGAACCCUUUCUGGUCUCGCUCAUCAUCGAUCGCUGAGACACCCACAUCUCCCCAGAUGUUUCCCAAGUUCGCCAUCUUGCUGCUGGUGCCUUGGCCACACAUGACCCAUGGUGACAACUCGAGGCUUCAGAUCUAUAAGCAAGGGACAGUGCUGCGUGCCUGGGAAGUUCCAUCUAACAUUGCUCAGCGCCACCAUUACGACUGCCGGAGAUGCCCCACAGUCGGCUGGGAGGUGGCCGUCAUGCUGCCUCCCUCUCUGUGGAGGCCUGCACCCCGAAGUGCCAGCUCCCAGGAGGUGGAGGGAGACUGGGCCAAGCAUGGGAGUCGGGUGGUGGAGCCCAAUGGCCCCAGCAAGGGACCUUCAGGGACUUCUGAAGGAUUUGUGACUCAGUUUGAUUUUUCUCUAGGGCUGGAAAUCUGAGCCAAUAUUGUGUCUGUUUCAUUUGGGUAUAAAGAAGAAGCCUGGAUCACUUAAACUGACUUAUUCUUUCCAGGUCCAUAAUUUAAAAUUAAAGAAAUCACUUUUUUUUUUUUA